AUGAUGCCUUACUACUCAUCAUCUGAGUUUGUUUUCUCAAAUCUCAUAGAAUUUUGGAACUCAAUCAAAUCUGUGCUCUCUUCUCAUCUCUACAUUUGCAUCAUCAUAAACCUCUGUGUUUUGCUAAUAUUAGCCUCCUCCUCCUCAACUUUCCACCAACCCGAAUUCGAAUACCAAUUACAAGAACAAAUCACCACAACCAACGGUUCGCAAAAUUCCGAAUCACCACCACCAUCACUGCCGGAAUCAAGUUCGACUAUUUUCACCACCGGCUCGACUUUUUACCAAAUUAAUAAUCUUGACGAAAGCUCGACUCGUAUUCGACAAAAUCACACGAAACAAGUAACACAAAAAGUGCUUGAUAUGAGAAGAACAAAACUAUAUCCACCUAAUGACUCCACGGAACAUAAACCGGUGGAGGAAAUUAAUUUCUCGGACGAGGACAACACAAUGGAGGCCACCUGGCGGUCGAUAACCGAAGGAGGAAAGCAGAGGACGAAAAGGAAAGAGCUGAAAAAGAGCGAAACUUGGAACGUGCAACUGAACGUGCAAAGGUUCAACACGGAGGAAUUGGUGCCGUCGACUCCAAAGUGGAAGGAACUGAGAAAGUCGGAGACUUUUAAUGAUUCUGUGUCGAUAACAUGCAGGGGAGGGCUCAGACGGGAUCCCUCGACGAGCCUUGAGGAGUUCAAUAAGCAAGUUGAGGACUUUAUCAAAAAAUUCAACGAUAGCAUGAAGCUGCAGAGGCAAGAAUCUGACCAAAGGUUCUUGGAUAUGAUGAAAAGAGGAAUCUAG